AUGCAUGGGACUUUGGGGGAAAUCAACGACUACUACGAGAAUCUCUCCAGAUUACAUGAAAAACUGUCUAGUGAUAUGAGUGAUCUCACUCUGAAAGAAAUGACUCUUCAUCGCAAUUUUAAACAUAUAAACCAGGGUUUUAACCGACUUGCAGGAAAAAAGAAACAGAUGCAAGACAAAAUCCACGAACUUGAGAAUAUGCAUUCGUUUUAUACCGAAUACACAUCAAACAAUCGCAUUUUAGAUUCUAUAGAUGCUUCUAUGGAUACUGCAUUGCCAAUUACUGAUCAUGGCAGGGAUUGUAUAGAGCCUGCAGAUAAAGACCAAAGCUUUGGAUCAAGCAGAGGACAAUUUUUAUCAAUUGAGAGCAUUGCGACCAAACUUACCGAGAUGCUUCAUGGUGUUAAUGCUGCUUGUCGAUUCUUUAACAAUAAUCCAGAAUAUUUUGAGGCAAAUGAAUACCUGGAAAAAUACGAAAUACAAAAACUACGCAUAUUUGGGAUUGUUAAACUCAUUUUUAAGGCGUUAUAUAUGGACUCAACAUCUCUAGAUGUACAAAAACACUAUAACACCUACAGAAAAAUUGGAAGUACCUUGCGAAUGUUAACUUCAGAAUACGGAGAAUCGGAAACGGAACUUUUGCAGCUUCAAAUGUAUUACAUUACCGGAAGGGUAAAGAUGUUGGAUGCUCACUGCAAGCAGAAUGGUGUAAAUGAGAGUAAAAAUAUCGAAGAGAUGUGCAAAUUUUUUUAUACAAUGGGAAGCCUGGAAGUUAUGAUAUUCUAUGAAACAUUUGGAAAGGAAAAUGGACACGAAUCCUUGAAGACGCUGGUAUCCAAUAUCUCCUUUUACUUUUCUGAGCUUUCUAAAAGGCAUGUUUCCAGGGUGAAGGAUGACGAUGAAAUGAGGAAUGCUCUUGAGGCACUAGAUAGAAACAUGAUUCUACCUGUAAAGGAAUCUGAAAAUUCUACCGUCUUAAAUCCUCUACUGUCAAGCGCAAAGGUUACAUACAAGGCCAUUGAAAGUCUGCUUUUGAAAAUUAUACAUAGAGAAAUAUCUACGAAAAUCAAGGGGUAUGAUAAAAAGGUGUACGCUUCUCUCUAUUUGGAUAAUUCCUACAAUGCACAGGAGGACAAAAUCUUAAAGUGGGUAUACGAAAAGUACGGGUGUAAAUCCUCAUACUUUUACCCUCCAGUUUUAUAUGCUGUAGGUAUUAUUGAAAUUAAUUUCAGGUUUUUGAGCGAAGGAAGUGUUGCAACGCUAGUCUCUUCCGUAAUAAACUCCUUACGUCCCGCGUUAUUAGAUCUGCAAUUGAUUAUUAGAAAACUUGAUAUCGACAAGAGGCUCUGUAAAAUAAAUGAGGAGAUAUUUUUGUUCAGAAAUCUCCACUUUUUAAUAAGUUCUGUGGAUGAAAGAUACAGAGAUAUACAUCAACUAUUUGGGCUCCAGGCAGAAAAUAGCAAGAGACAACUCGUAUCGGGGAUUGUGGAUUUUCUUUGCUGUGAUUUCAUUUCCUUCUCGAGGCAAACCAAAGAACAUGACGAGCAACUAUAUAAUUCAGAAAUUUCUACUCUUCAUUCCAAGAUUUGCGAGAAACUUCCAAAAAUAAAACAGUGUCUGAAAAAACAGGCAGAGGAUAGCUAUGAGGAAGUAAUAGAUUCGGUAAUUGAUGGAGUGGAACUUAUAGUUGCAGAAUACGCAGAAGAGUUUGGUGCAAAAUGUGACAUAAAUAGAGGUGAUUUUGUGCAAGAAGUUGGGGAAGAAUACGUGGGUUACUUGCUAGACGUAUGA